GUUGUCUUGUCUCCCCUACACCACACCCAGAGUGAUAUCGUAAUUUUGUGUACCUUUUCGACAUCGUAUUAGGGAUAUAUUGGGGCGGAACUGGGUUGGAAGGCAUCUGGAGUGCCGAAUAUCUCUGGUUGACCAUUUCCGCUCGCUUCAGUCGGCGUGAAAUUGAGGGGUAGGCGCCGUUUGGUUUUUUACUGUGGCAUUUCAGGCGUCGAGUGUUCAAUUCUGCGCUAGCUAAAAGCAAGAUGGCGUGCUGUCUAAGUGAGGAAGCAAAAGAACAGAAACGAAUUAAUCAAGAAAUCGAGAAACAGCUUCGAAAAGAUAAACGAGAUGCUCGGAGGGAACUCAAACUUCUAUUACUGGGGACGGGAGAGAGUGGGAAAAGCACGUUUAUAAAACAAAUGCGCAUUAUCCACGGAGCGGGGUACACGGAGGACGAUAGAAAGACGUACACCAAACUGGUAUACCAAAAUAUAUUUAUGGCCAUGAAUUCAAUGAUACGUGCCAUGGAGACACUGAAAAUACAGUACAAAAAUCCUAAUAGCAUACAUGAACAUGCAAACCUAAUUAGGGGUGUUGAUCACGAAGUAGUUACGACGUUAGAGUCACAUUUUGUAGAAGCAAUUAAAAACGUUUGGAACGACCCAGGUAUUCAAGAAUGUUACGAUAGAAGAAGGGAGUAUCAACUUACAGACUCAGCAAAAUAUUAUCUCUCAGAAUUGGACCGCAUUUCAAAUCCAGAUUAUGUACCUACAGAACAAGACGUUUUAAGAGUCAGGGUGCCUACAACUGGAAUUAUCGAAUACCCAUUUGAAUUGGAAACUGUCAUAUUUAGAAUGGUGGAUGUAGGAGGACAGCGAUCAGAACGUCGUAAAUGGAUACAUUGUUUUGAAAAUGUGACGUCCAUCAUGUUCCUAGUCGCCUUAAGUGAAUAUGAUCAAGUGUUAGUAGAAUCAGACAACGAGAAUCGAAUGGAGGAAAGUAAAGCGUUGUUCAGAACAAUUAUCACGUACCCCUGGUUCCAGAAUUCAUCAGUCAUUCUAUUUCUUAACAAGAAAGAUUUACUGGAAGAAAAGAUUAUGUCCUCACAUCUAGUAGAUUACUUUCCUGAGUUUGAUGGCCCACAGAGGGACGCACAAGCAGCAAGAGAAUUCAUCCUAAGAAUGUUUGUUGAUCUCAAUCCCGACAGCGAUAAGAUCAUCUACUCUCAUUUUACGUGUGCAACUGACACAGAAAACAUCAGGUUUGUGUUUGCGGCCGUUAAAGAUACCAUUCUGCAGCUCAAUCUUAAGGAAUACAAUCUUGUGUAGUGGCACUACUAUCCUUACUAAGCACAGACGUUUGUGCAUGCGUUAUUGUCGUCAUCGCUGUUAACUUCACUAGGUGCAUCCAAGGCGUUGAGGGCAGCAUUUCAGUGUCAAUAAUGGGAACUGUGACUGACUGUCGGUGUUAGUUUGUUUGUUGUUUACUCCCUCUAACACGUCCACCCUUGGUUACUCCAUACUAUUGCACUACGUGUCAGAUCUUAUAUUGCCGCCUUGCAGAAACGACAUGAGUGCCAACAUUUUUAUCAGAAUUUUAUGUAUGUGAGUUCGUCUGUUUUUUAAGGAUGCACCAAAUUUUAUUUUGACGAUACGAACGAAACAUGUGUAUGCCUGAGUUUCAACUCUUGUGCUCCUUGUUUCUGAUUGGUCAAUUAUGUUGGUUCCCCAGGUAGUAAUAGGGUAAUUAGUUCUUCCAUAUAUGGCAAUAGUGUGGAGUGAUUGGAUGAUUAUUUCAUUAUGUGUUUAUUAUAAACAAACAUGCUCUCAAAAGGUCUGAAAUAAGUGAAAUUAAAUAAACCAAAUUUUUUUGGGGAAAAAUGUUUUUAAAAAAAAAUAUUCAAAUGGAGGAGCGUUGCAGUAACACAAAUUCAUAAUUUACAAAGAAAGGGAAAUUUUUUUGUGACCGAAUUGUGCAAUGUUUCCUUUUGUAGCAACUAAUUAUGUAGCAAGUUGUGUGUUCUCUCAAUGUAAUUUAUCUAUCUGGCUGAAUCCAGUCUGGUGUGAAGAUAAGACCACCUAUCUUCCUCUUUUUAAACUCAAUUAUCUGCUAUUUCAUUUAGAUUUAAAUGUUUCCCGCCAUUUUUAUUUUUAAUUUAUUUGUAACCCAGAUCGACUAGCCUUUUCGCGCCCCACCAAGAAAAUUGAUUUUAAUAGUGUUUUUAUUCCAUAUUCAUGAUCAUGUGACCAAUAAAUUAUCUGAAAAUAAAGUAUUUUUAAAAGAUUUGCAGAUUUAGGUUUCCAAGGUCAAUUUGGCAAUCAUGUGAAUAAUUAGAAUAGGUGCAUUCCAAAACAAAAUGGCCGCUGUACUUUUAAAAUAUUACAUAUAAAAAUCCUAAUCAAAUAAACUAUUUUUCAUUCACUCCGAGAUGUCACGAAAACAAACAAUAUGUGAGAUUUUGCGGAUGAAUGGAAAAUCAUCUUUUGACUGAAUAUGUGAUGAAACUGUAAAUGAUCUUGUGGAAUAAAACAGCACCAACUUUGAGUUGCGUUUUACAACAUAUUGUUCAAUCCAUGCGAUGCAGAGCCAAAAGAAACUCAGUGAUGUUACGUCAUUUAACAUGGCUUAUAUUCAGAAUACUAGCUUGUGAAUUUCUUGAAAUAAAUUUGGUAGUCGCCCAAGAAUUCAUUUUGUUGUACAAGCAUAACUUGAACAUCAACUAAUUUACUUGGUAUGAAUAUUCAUGAGUCAAGGAACCAAUUAGAAAGUUUUGCAUAUUCAUGAGUAAAUGUCAUAAAAUCAAAUGACCAAUCAGGACAUGUUUUAGAAUGUUUUGCAUAUUCAUGAGUAAAUGUCAUAAAACCAAAUGACCAAUCAGGACACGUUUUAGAAUGUUUUGCAUAUUCAUGAGUAAAUGUCAUAAAACCAAAUGACCAAUCAGAACACGUUUUAGAAUGUUUUGCAUAUUCAUGAAAAAAAAUUUCAUAAAAUUGAAUGACCAAUCAGGACAUGUUUUAGAAUGUUUUGCAUAUUCAGGAAGGUCAGCUUGGCUCAGUAUUACAUGACAAGAAAUGGAGAUUUACCAUUGACUUGUAAAAUAUCUUGGUGGGGGAGAAGUGUUGGUUGCAAACUGGAUUUGUGGUACUUGCCAAUUUUUUAAGUGCAAUUCGGAAUACAUGCUUGAUGAAAUAAUCUUUGAAUUUGGCGGGAGACUUUUCAUACCCUUCACCCCUCUAUGAAUUAAUGGUAUAGUCUGAUGAUUCAAAAUUGUCCAGGCCUAUACCAAAUUGUCGGGGUGGACAGGCACAAGAGGGACAGUUUUUUGAAAGCAGUCAGUUUCUUCUAUCACAGUCUGUAUGUUGACACCUCUCAUCAGCUCUCUUAAUCUACUGCAGAAAUCUUUAGACUUUUGCCGACUUUCGCUCUUGUUCUUUACCCACUCACUUCUAUACUUACAACAAAAUACAGUAAAGCACUUGUAAAGCAUUUCAAGUUAAUGAAAUAAUGUGCCAGAAAACUUUCGUUCUCGUGAACACCUUCAACCAUCAAAUUAUUUUUAUCGAUAACAAAUUUACAGUUUACAGUAUAAGCGCGAGUGGGAAAAAACGGUGGUCGGAAUCUUGGCGGUCCUGAGGUUCGUUGCCAGUUUUUGCUACUUUGUUACAAUCUGAAGGAGACACCAUGUAUAUGAGAUUUUGUCCACUUUUUGUAGUUCACUCUGAGACGUUUUAGAUGUCCAGAUUAGUACUCUUUUUUGAUCAACAAGCAUUUUUUGAUGUUGAUUUUUAUUAAUU